AUGGUAUUACGUCAACACUGGAAGCAAAUUUUACAAAUAUUUAAUAAAUCUUUAAUUGAUCAAGAUGAUACCACAUGUGUUAUCAAUCAUUUUCAAUAUAUGGUACAAUUACUCACCGAUGAAGUCUCCGUACAAGAACAAUCAGGACCUGUUCUGAUAUAUUUUAUAUCCGAAUCAAUAUUUGAUACAUUUUUUAUUUGGUCAUUAAGUUGUCCCGAAUAUGCUCAUGAAUUAAAAUAUCAUCAACUUCGAUUUUUCGAAUAUUUAUUAAGUCGUUCAAGACAUGAACUUUUAUUUCAUAAACAAAUUUUUAAACCAUUGUUAAAUUUAUUGAGAUCUUGUGAGUCAUCAUCAUGCAUCGAUUUAAUCGAAAAACAUAUGAUCGUUGUACUGAAUCAAGUUUGUGUCAGUAUAACAAAAAGUACACCAUUGUUAGAACUAUGUUUUGAUAUUAGUGCAGAACAAGGUCCAGCGAGAUUUAUUAUAUUUUCAUUGUUAAUCCCAUUUGUUCAUCGAGCUGAAUUAACGGGUCAACAAGCAAGAGAUGCACUAUUACUCAUUAUGCAGUUAUCAAGUAGAAAUGAACAUAUCGCCAAAUAUAUUGUGGAAAAUACAAAUUUUUGUCCAAUUUUGGCCACUGGAUUGAGUGCAUUAUAUUCGGAUCUACCUCAUCGUCUUCCGUUUUACAAUGAUGAUUGGUAUCAUUUAACGAAAAAAGAAUGGUCUGAAACGGCAUCAUUAGUACAAUUUAUGAAUUCAUUACAAUUUUGCAACGAUGUCAUACAGAUUGCUCAUCCAUCCAUUGGUCAUCAUUUAAUACAAUAUGUUUAUCAUGGAUUUCUUGUUCCCGUACUCGGACCAGCAAUUCAUCAAGAAAUUCAUGCUAUGCCGGCGAAAUUCUUAGAAUUGCAACAGUUUUCGAAUACAAUGGAUGAAGUUGUUGCCGCAACAGCAUAUCUCGAUUUAUUUUUACGUACAGUCAACGAACCAGCAUUAUUAAAAGUAUUUUUAAGAUUUAUUCUUUGUGCAAGAAUAGAUGAAAUAAAUCUUUUGGAUACUCUAAUACAAAGAAUAAAUAAUAAUACCAAAUUAGGAGUUGUUUCACUUGGAUUGUUUCAUACAUUAAUUAAUCUCAAUUGUGAAGAUGUGAUGUAUCGUCUUAUAUUUAUGUAUCUUAUUCCGUGUCGUCAUGUUAUGUGUAGUCAAAAACGAUAUAUUGGUGAUAUGGAAAUUUAUGGAAAGAAUGUCGAAAGAUUUCUAUCAUUGAGACCAUCAUUUCUAAAUAAGAAUAAUUUAGUUGAUUCAACACAAAAUGAACAGUCAAAACAGCAACAACGCGUAUGUUUUGAUGAUACAUCGCACGAACGAUAUGAAUGCACAUUUAGUGCUUAUUUGGAAGAUGCUCAUUUUGAAAUAUUACGUUGUCGAAUUGCUUGUCGACAAUGGUCAGCUCCCUAUGAUGGAGAAAAUCCGUCGUCUGAAUCGGUUAUCGGUGAUUCUGAUUUAAUUUCAUUAGCUAGCAGUAUAUCAUCGUUAAUAGACAAUAAUAAUCAAAUUAGUUCUAAUAAAAAAUUAUCUAAAUUGGGUGAUGGUCUGAUAAAACCGACAACAAUGAUGGGUAAAAAUGUAGCAUCAUCAAAUGAUUCAGGUAUUCAUGAAGAUGGUUUAGAUACUUAUUCACAAAAUGAUGUACAAGUAUCUCCAAGUCUAGCAAUCGAUAAUGAUCAAAAUGUUACAGAUGGAAUUAUGAAGCAAAAUGAAACAGUUAUUAAAAAUGAAUUUCAAUUACCAUCGUGGUUAGCAAAUGGUGAACCAGUUCCAGAUGAUUUAUUGAAAAAAUAUGUACAUAAAAACAGUGAACAUUCUUAUCAUCAAAAUCAUCAAAAACAGCAUAUUUAUGAUACAGAAGAAAAUGAAGAUGAUGACGAAUAUUAUAAUAAUUAUUAUUCAUUUUCGUACGUUGGAGAUUUAUCAAAUAGUGAUGAUACAUCAUCGACAAAAUCGUCAAUUGCACCAUCAAAUAUAUAUUUGUCGGAUAGUAUCAGAACGUGUGUUGAUACACUAAAUGGAUGUUUAAACACGUUUGUUACGAUGAAUGAACAUUUUUCAUCAUCAAUUAAUAACUUUUCAGAAUCAAAAAUUUUAUCUGAUGAAUUAUCAGAGAGUGUGGAUGAAAAUAUUAUAAGAACUUUGUUGAAUGAACUUCUCGAUACUGUAACUGAACUAAAUAUAACGAACGAAGUGAUAGUAAAUGACCAUAUAAUAGAGCAAGAAAAAGACAUUUCAAUCGAAAAAUUGUCAACGUUAACGCUUGAUACAUCUCUCCUUUCUGAAAUAUGCUCGAAAGCAACAAAUCCCUAUUCUUUAAAUGAUUUUUUAACUGUACUUGAUCAAUCUAUUGAUCUAAAUGGUAGUAGUCAUUUUAUAUCGUCUAAAGCUUUACAAUAUGCUGAAGAAAUUGUGCGUGAUAUUUUACAGUUAUCAGAUGAAAUUGAAAAACAAAAAAUAUUAAAUGGAAAUGUUACUUAUAAACAGCAAGAAAAUGGUGAUCAAUUAUUAUUUCCCACCGAUACAAACGAGGGUACUAAUCCAUUUAUAUCAACAACACAAUCAAGUUAUUCAAUGUAUUCGUUACAACAAUCAGUUAGUAUGGAUUUAUCUCAAAUGAUUAAUGAUAAUAAUAAUCAAACAACUGCUAAUAAUACAUCAGCAAUUGCCACUAGUACAAUUCAAACACAACAACAAAUAGGAAAUGGAAAAUUAUCUGAUGUUGGACCAUUUUUACGAACGAUAUUUAUUAAAUUGGAAAAUAUGUUACAAAACUCGUUAUAUGUCAAUCUACUUUUAACCGGUAUUAUAGCUCGAUUAGCUUAUUAUUCUCAACCAUUGUUAAGAUCGUUACUUCUUAAUCACAGUCUUGUACUUGAAACAAAUGUCAAAUCUUUAUUUCAAAUAUUAUCUAAUUUAAAGUCAAAACUUGAAUCAACAUCUCAGACAUUCAAUGACUUUUCUUAUCUCGUUGAACAAGCUCAAGAUUGUCUAUACAAAAGAGAAGCAACUGCUAAAGAAUAUGAAGAUUUACAAAGACGUACGCGAUCACCAUCGCGAACUCGAUCAAAAUCAGUUGAUCCAUCAAAAGAACGUGGAUCACGUCGAAAUCGUAUACUUGAUUUUUUCCGUCGUGGUCGUCCAAAUGAAAGAUCUGGAUCAAAACCUUCGUUAGAUCAGUCACAUGUUACAUUAGUAAAUAAAGCAUCAAUAAAAUUCAUUAAUAUUCGUGAUGGAAUAUUAACAUCAGCUGCUUUACCAUCAAAUAUUCUCAAUGAAUGGGAUGAUCCAAAAACGAGAAAUGUUGCUUAUUGUGCUGUGAUAUUUAAUGAAUUUUUAAAAGAAUUGGCAGCUAUUACUCAAGAACAUGCUGUUCAACAGUUUGAUGAUACUUCAUUUUAUUUCACGUUUUGA